UCGUGAAACUAUAUUUGAAUCUCGCAUCAAAUAGCAAAGUUUGUUUUGAUUUCUUUUUUUCAUUUUUUCAUUUUUGAAUCUCUCUCUCUUUCUCUCUAAAUUCUCUCUCUCUCUCUGUCUCUCUCUCUCUCAAUGGAUGGGAUUGUGAAGAAAGAGAUUAUAGAAGCAGCAACGAGGGCGUUACAGAGUAGCGGAGGAAUUGGAAACGCACCUUUUUUGGGAGGAGCGUUUGACUCGGUGAUCGAACUCAGUAGUAGUAGUAGCAGUAGCAGCAGUAGUGAGUCGUCUGACUCGGACGACGGCGAUGAUAACGGUGGUAAUGGUAGGAAUGGGAGUGGCAACGGUGUCGUUUUGGGGAGGAGAGUGAGGGUUUCUAAUGGAGGAGGAGGGGUGGCGAUGAUGACGAAUAAGAAGAAGAGGAGAGUUGAUGAGUUAGGAGGCGUGAUCGUACCUGCCGGUUUUCUCCAACAGCUUCCUCCUCCGGUAACUACGACGGCGGUGACGACGACGACGACGACGACGGCGGCGGCGGAGGUUCCGGUUGCGCAGUCGAUUGUGAAAUGCUCGUCUAAGCAGUUUUGGAAAGCUGGUGACUAUGAGGGAGCUCCGUGUUCCGAAUGGGAAUCUUCUACUCUUGGCAUGGAUCACGUCAGGGUUCAUCCUAAAUUUCUACAUUCCAAUGCAACCAGUCAUAAGUGGGCUCUUGGAGCUUUUGCAGAGCUUCUGGACAAUUCUUUGGAUGAGGUCUGCAAUGGUGCUACAUAUGUUAACAUAGAUAUGCUUGUAAGUAAGAAAGAUGGGAGCAGAAUGUUGCUAAUCGAAGAUAAUGGUGGUGGGAUGGAUCCAGAUAAAAUGCGACAGUGCAUGUCGUUGGGGUAUUCUGCAAAAAGCAAAUUGGCAAAUACUAUUGGACAAUAUGGAAAUGGUUUUAAGACGAGUACCAUGAGACUUGGAGCAGAUGUAGUUGUGUUCUCGCGAUGUUGUGGAAAAGAUGGAAAAAGCCCUACACAGAGCAUUGGGUUACUGUCCUAUACAUUUUUGAGGAGCACCAAGAAGGAAGAUAUUGUAGUUCCCAUGCUUGACUAUGAAGGCAGGGAACAAGAAUGGAACAAGAUUAUAAGGUCUUCUCCUGGUGAUUGGAGUAAAAAUUUAGAAACAAUAGUUCAAUGGUCCCCAUUCUCCAGUGAAGUAGACCUUCUUCGUCAGUUUAACCUGAUGAGAGCUCAUGGCACGCGGAUAAUUAUCUACAAUCUUUGGGAGGACGACCAAGGACAGUUGGAACUUGAUUUUGAUGCCGAUCCUCAUGACAUUCAAAUCAGAGGUGUUAACCGAGAUGAGAAAAAUAUACAAAUGGCAAAAGAGUAUCCCAACUCUAAGCAUUUCCUAACUUAUCGACAUUCAUUAAGAAGUUACGCAUCGAUUCUCUAUCUAAGGCUUCCUCCUAGCUUUCGAAUAAUUCUCCGUGGGAAAGAUGUGGAGCACCACAAUAUAGUGAAUGACAUGAUGAUGUCUCAGGAGGUUACAUACCGACCACAGCCUAGUGGUGAUGGGGUCCCAAAGGAUACAAAUAUGAUUGCUGUUGUAACUAUCGGAUUUGUUAAGGAUGCGAAAUAUCAUAUUGAUGUUCAAGGAUUCAAUGUUUAUCACAAGAAUCGGCUUAUUAAGCCAUUCUGGAGGCUUUGGAAUGCUGCAGGAAGUGAUGGUCGCGGAGUUAUAGGUGUAUUGGAAGCUAAUUUUGUUGAACCGGCUCAUGAUAAGCAGGGAUUUGAGCGUACAACUGUUCUUGCAAGACUUGAGUCACGGUUAAUACAAAUGCAAAAGAAUUACUGGGGCACUAACUGUCAUAGAAUUGGUUAUGCUGCACGGCGUAAUAAAAAAUUUCUAGCUUCAGCAGACAGUGAAACUUCUCUUGAUUCCCUUCCCCCCCUAUCUCAGUCAAAAAAGAAGAAUAAUGCCUCAAGCAGCAAGACCCCGUUUUCAAAUUUAGAGAAAUACUCAUCACGGUUAAAUCAGAGGUACGGACGUAAAGAAUCAGAGAAUUUCCAGGGAUAUGGGGAUGGUCAUUUGUCAAGUAAAGGGAAAAAUAGAGUGAACACUCCUACAGAAUCUGGAAAAAGACACGAUUUUUCUGAACCAUCAUCACCUUCUGCAGAAAUUGAAAGUGACAAUGACGUGCAUAUAGAUCUACCUCAGAAACAAUCAAAUGGUAGUGGUCAUAAGGCAUUCCCUGGUAUAAAAUCUUUUGGGAAAAGUGCCUUGCAUACUAAUAGAGCAUCUUCAAUCAUGGAUGAUGCUGAAUCUCAGCAAGAUUGUGCAUCAGGUGGAAUAACUGUUCGUCCCUCCAUGCAAUCCCAUUCAAAGGUAGGUGAUGUUAAUUGUAGUGCACCUUCACUUUCAGACUCUGAUUUACGCACUAUGGAACAAUUGAAAAAAGAGAAUCAAGAGUUGAGGAAAAGAUUUGAGAAAAGGGAGGGAGAAGUUUUAGGUGAAUUGCUGCACGAUUUGCUGUCUGAAAGAGACAAGUGUAAAUCUCUUGAAGCUCAGCUCCUAGUGGCGCAGCAAAAGAUUGAUGACUUGACCAAGGAACAAGAAAGUUUGAUUGACAUAUUUGCAGAGGAGAGGGAUCGAAGGGAGAAUGAGGAGCUAAAAUUGAAGAAGAGGCUACAGGAUGCAAAUUCUACCAUCGAAGUGUUGCGUGACAAGAUAAGGCAGCUAGAAAAAAGGCAUUCUUCUGUCAGCAAACAUUGAAGAAGUCGUGUAUGAUGUAUGAAUAGAUACUAUGCCCCAUCUGCAUCUUUGGCUUGGCAGGCACAAGGGUUUUAUGAUGACUCUGCUAAAUAUAACUUAAGCUUCCUAACUUAGAUAUACAGUCAUUCAUUUUGUAAAGUUUGUUGACACUAGCCGUUGGUAGCUUGAUCACCCCCAAUUGUUUUCUCGUAGGCUAAUAGGUUAGUGUACAAAGGUAAAGAAAACAGAGACGUGAGCCCUUGGGUUGUUAUCCUGAGUUGCAAAUGCUGAAGUUGGUGCCAAAUUUUGAAUCCAAAACGCAUGAUAGUGCACUGAUGUAUUUAAUAUGUGAAUGUAAUUAUUGGUAGUUCCACACAAAGAAAAUGAAAAGAGUAGUUUAUGGAAGUUUCCAUUA